GGAGACGGCGGUAAUGGAGGAAAUGGUGGAAGCAUCGACGUCAUUGACUGCUCCCUCGGAAAGUAUCUGCCACAUCUAAGUGACUGCCGCAAGUUCAUCCAGUGUGCCCCGUAUGGUCCUGAAGAGAUGCCUUGUGCUCCUGGAACGGUCUGGAACCAACAGAAACUCACCUGUGAUCACGAAUGGGCUUCUCCGUGUGUGACAGGCAGCUACUUGACUCCAGAAGGUCUGCCAUGUGGAGGAGGUAGUGGUGGAAACGGAGGUGGUGGUGGAGACGGCGGAAACGGAGGUGGAGGUGGAGACGGCGGAAACGGAGGUGGCGGUGGAGACGGCGGUAAUGGAGGAAAUGGUGGAAGCAUCGACGGCUGCGUCAUUGAUUGCUCCCUCGGAAAGUAUCUGCCACAUCCAAGUGACUGCCGCAAGUUCAUCCAGUGUGCCCCGUAUGGUCCUGAAGAGAUGCCUUGUGCUCCUGGAACGGUCUGGAACCAACAGAAACUCACCUGUGAUCACGAAUGGGCUUCUCCGUGUGUGACAGGCAGCUACUUGACUCCAGAAGGUCUGCCAUGUGGAGGAGGUAGUGGUGGAAAUGGAGGUGGAGGUGGAGACGGCGGAAACGGAGGUGGAGGUGGAGACGGCGGAAACGGAGAUGGCGGAAAUGGAGGUGAUGAUUGUCCCACUGUCGUGUCCAGAAAAGGAAGAUCUUUUUUCCCUCAUCCCCGGAUUAUUUCCAGAGCCUGUGCUUCCCACGGAGCCCCCUGA